AUGAACAGAGCAAGUCGACAACUGCGGAGAGUUCUGGCGAGCCGGGGGAAGAAGCAUGUGGAGAUGAGAAAACAAGCAACGAAGAUGGAGAAAGCCAAAAAACGGGGGCAAUAUGGACUGAAGCAGAGUUUAAAACAAAAAAAGACAUUAUAUCCUAGGCUUGUUAUGGAGGGGUCGCAUCUGGGCUGCACCUUUUGCAAAAAGGUUGGAAGCCUGGGUCCCGAAAAAUCGGCGGGGAUGAAACUGGCCAAAGAUCAGGCAGCAGAAGAUUCCUCCCGUGACACCGUUACCCGUGCUAGCUACAGUGGUCUAGCUAAGCGUUUGUCCUCAUACAGUUUCGUCCAAAAUCUCGGCCUCAUGUACGAUGCACUUCAAGAAUUGUCUGAGCUGUACUUGGAGCUUGGACUUUUGGCAUCGACGGCCUUCGAACUGCCAGGGAAUAUCGAGAGAACGGCGGCCGGUGUUGUGCCCAGUUCUGACCCCCACCAGAUUAUUACCCCCCUAGUAUUGUCUUAUUUUGCUGACGUUUGUCUCUCAUGUCCACAGAUUCAGAGAGGCAUCGCGUAUGAGAAGACCGCUGCAGAGGUGUCAUGCUGGCGGAACAUCAUAUUGCAGAACCAGAAGGCCGAACAAAUGGUGUUUCCUCUGAACCAGGAGUCCUCGGGACCUAAACGGGUCGAGCAGGUUGUGGCUGGAUGGAAGGUUCAAACUCCUCUUGAACAAGAGAUUUUCAGACUCUUGCACAUCAACAGCCAGCCUGUCGCUGACCCUGUUUUGACUCCUGUAGAGGAGCAAUCACUUAAAGCCAUGAGCUUGGAGGAGGCUAAGAUUCGUCGCGCCGAGCUUCAAAAGGCAAGAGCGCUCCAGUCGUACUACGAGGCAAAAGCCAAAAGAGAAAAGAAAAUCAAGAGCAAAAAGUACCACAAGGUUCAGAAGAAAGCCAAGUGUAAGGAUUUUCUGAAGCAGUUUGAUGAAAUGGUAAAGACGAAUCCUGAAGGAGCUCUGGAAGAGCUAAAAAAGAUGGAGCUGUCCAGGAUGGAGGAGAGGAUGUCUCUGAAGCAUCAGAACAGUGGCAAGUGGGCAAAAUCAAAGGCCAUUAUGGCUAAAUAUGAUGAUUCGGCACGCAAAGCAAUGCAGGAGCAGCUGCAGAUGAAUAAAGACCUUACCCAGAAGAUCGUGGUGCCCUCUGAUGACGAGCAUGAAAGUAAUGAGGAAGGGUUGGAGACGGUUCCUGAUUUUGUGAACGACUCUGAGCCAGUCAUUGACUCUGUCAACCCCUGGAUGAGAGGCCAGCUUACACACGAAGAGCCUGAGGUCAGCUGUGUCACAACUGAGGAUGUGCAAACCGCAGAAGAGGAGAAUGAGGAAGAGGAACUCGUUGGAGAAUUUGAGAGGAAGAGGAAGCUGAGGCAAGCUGAUGAAGAGGACUUGAUUCCUACAGAAGAAGAGCAACCUGCAAGCGAGGUGGUUGAAGAUGUGGUUGAGGUUUCUGACAAAGAGGAGGAGGAGGAGGAGGAGGAGGAUGAUGAUGAAGAGGAGGAGGACGUUUCGGAGUUUAACACCCUUUUCAGGCUCAUGAGGAGCGAGAAGACACUUGAGGGUUCAAAUCCGACACGAGAAGGCUUGAACACACCCGGGCAAGAAGAUGAAGACGGACUUUUGAAUGAAGGACAGGUUCGAGUCAGGAAUAUAGAGGACCUGGAGGUUUUAGGCGAGGUUGUCGACCCCCAACCCAUUGCGGAGCCGUCACUGCCACAAACCGCUGCUGUGGAGGCCACUUCUGAGCCACCCAAUAAAAAGAAAAGGGAAAUCGACCUCAAAGAAGUACUCACCAAAGAAGCCAAAGCCGUCAAAGUUCCCUUUUUGCCAACAGUGGUUGAUGAGGAAGAGCGUGAUGAACAGAUCUCCAUCAUCAAGGAGGCGUUUGCUGGGGAUGAUGUUAUUUCUGAUUUCAUAAAGGACAAAAGCAAACGGGAAGCUGCUGGGAGGCCUGAAGUGGUGGACCUGACUCUGCCAGGCUGGGGAGAAUGGGGAGGAGUUGGUCUCAAACCCCCCCGCUGGAAACGCAAAAGAUUUAGGAUAAAAGCGGCCCCACCUCCUCCACGGCAAGACCAGAAACUGCCUGAUGUCAUCAUAUCGGAGAACAGAAAUGCAUCAGUCGCUGCUCAUCAGGUUAGUCAGCUGCCGUUCCCUUUUCAAAACACUGCACAGUUUGAGUCUUCCAUCCGUACGCCUAUCGGCCCGACAUGGAACACGCAAAGUGUUGUGAAGAAUAUGACGAAACCCAAAGUUAUCACUAAAAUGGGUGCAAUCAUUGAGCCUAUGGUCAAAGAGCACUUCAUAAAGAAUAAGACCACGACACCAGGGGGUAAAGGACCAGCAAUCAUGCUGGGAGAAAACAAACGGGCAAAAGAGGGCGCAAAGCGGUCAUCGGAAAAGCAUCGAGGAAGAAGAUCGCAGAAGAGGAGAAAGUAACCGGCAUGAACGAUCGUGUGGCUUCAGUCACUGCAUAAAUAGAUUUUAUUUGUGAAGUGUUUCAAGAAGACAUCGCUCUAAUAAAUGACCAAAUUAACUUUUUGGAAUUAUUUUCAUGUCCUAAUCAAUUUGUGUUUGGCAGAAUACCUAUAAUGAGUAAUAGAUGAGUUUACUUUCUUAAAUGAAGAGUAGUUACCUUGUUUUUCUGUUCAAGUGCCCUAAAAAA